AUGGCUCCGCUAGUGUGGUUCAUCACGGGCUGUUCCAGCGGCAUCGGCGAGGCUCUGGCGCGGGCUGUGCUGGCUCAGGGAGACCAAGUCGUCGCCACGGCACGCGCCCCUAUUGAACGGCUCGACAGCCUGAAGCAGGCCGGCGCAACGGUCAUCGAGCUGGACGUGACGGCGAGCGUGGAAGCUAUGAAGGCAGUCACGGACAAGGCUAUCGCAGCCUACGGCCAUAUCGACGUCGUCGUGCCGAAUGCUGGACACUCCGAGGCUACGAUGCUGGAAGAAGUAACGCAAGUAUUGCGGCCGAUACCAGACAUAUGGCAGAGACAGUUCGCAGUGACUUUCUUUGGUGUUGUCAACGUUAUUCAAUGCCUGCUGCCGCAUUUUCGAGCGCGAAGAUCCGGAGUCAUCGCUUACACCAACUCUGUCUUCGGACACGCAAUGUCCUUAGGGGCUGGUCCCUAUACCGUCUCGAAACAUGCCAUCGCAGGAUAUGCCAAAAGUCUAGCGAUAGAGGUUGGAGGAUUCGGCAUCAAGUCAAUCCUUUUCGACAUUGGCUUCAUUAGAAAUCGUUUUCUCGAACACAUCAAUCCGAACCCGGUGGAAAUUGAGGAGUACAAACCUAUUAUGGAGCAGGCUUUCAAGGGCGUUGAGCUGAUGAAGGGGAACCAGCCUGGGGAUGUGGACAAGUGUGCCGGCGCCAUGAUCACGGUUGUCAAAUCCGCAUCGCAGCCACUUGCGAUGGUGCCUCUUGGAACCGACGCAACCUUGACGAUCCGAAAAUAUGCAUCGGUGCUUACCAACUCAUGCGAUGAGUGGGAGCAAGCCAGCGAGUCUGUUGACGUAGAUGGGCCGAAGCAGGGAUUAUGGCAGUCAGUAGAACAAUACUGGCCUCUAUGA